UUUCACGGCGUGUGUUUCCAAUGCUCUUGCUGCAGUAUGGCGGCCAGGCGUAACAUUCCCUAUUCGGUUAUUCCAACCGAGGACAGGGAUGAAGACAAUGUUGAUCGCCGGUUCACGUACACUCCAAAGUCCUUGAGGAGGAUCCCGUGGAAGUCAAUUGCCCUAGCGUUGUUCCUCCUCGUCCUGGGAAGCGCUCUUCUGUUCCUGUCGUAUUUUAUAUCCACGGGUCACAUGGAGGGUGAUAGCUCUCAGGUGUAUGGCCUACUGUUCCUGGGUAUCCUUGCCUUUCUUCCUGGAUUUUAUGAAACCCGUGUUGCUUAUUAUUCGUGGAGAGGAGCACCAGGGUACACCUUUGCCUCCAUUCCAGACUAUUAGUCUUCGAUUUUAACUCAUCGGCUGGGCAGUAAAGAUAUUGAACAGCAAGGGAAAAUAUGAAAUGUCAUCAAGAAUCAAAUGGGUAGCUGUUCUUAGUACU